AGGCGACGACGGCGGGGGCGGGGGCGGGGGCGGCGGCGCCGUCCAUGUCCGUGGCCGCCAAAGCAGCAGGAGAUACGUCUUCGCCUGCUCCGUCUUCGCCUCCCUCAACUCCGUGCUGCUCGGUUACGAUGUCGGUGUGAUGAGCGGUUGCAUCCUGUUCAUUCAGAGGGACCUUCACAUCAACGAGGUGCAGCAGGAGGUCCUGGUGGGCUGCCUCAGCUUCAUCUCCCUCCUCGGCAGCCUCACCGGCGGGAGGACAUCGGACGCCGUGGGGCGGAAGUGGACCAUCGGCCUCGCCGCCGUCGUCUUUCAGGCCGGCGCGGCCGUCAUGACGCUCGCCCCGUCCUUCCAGGUCCUCAUGGUGGGCCGCCUGCUGGCCGGCGUCGGCAUCGGGUUCGGCGUCAUGAUCGCGCCGGUGUACAUCGCCGAGAUAUCCCCCGCGGCGUCCAGGGGAUCGUUCACGUCCUUCCCGGAGAUCUUCAUCAACCUCGGCAUCCUCCUCGGGGCAGGGCCGACGAGGCGCGCGCCGUGCUCCUCAGGGUCACCGACACCGAGGACGAGGCUAAGGAGAGGCUCGCCGAGAUCGAGGCUGCUGCUGCGGCCGCCACGACGGGCGCCGCCGGCAAGCACGGGGACAGGAACAGGACGGUGUGGCAGGAGCUGUCGAGGCCGUCCCCGGUGAUCGCCCGGAUGCUCGUCACCGGAGUAGGCAUCCAGUGCUUCCAGCAGAUCACGGGCAUCGACGCGCUGGUGUACUACAGCCCGACCAUAUUCCGGGACGCUGGGAUCGCCACCGAGCGCCAGCUCCUCGCCGCCACGGUGGCCGUCGGGUUCUUCAAGACGGCGUUCAUCGCGCUGGCCAUCGUGCUGAUCGACCGCGUCGGCCGGAAGCCGCUGUUGUACGUCAGCACGGUCGGCAUGACCGGCUGCCUGGCGGCGCUGUCCGCCGCGCUCUUCCUGCAGGCGCGCGGGUCGGUGUCCCGCGGCGCCGGCGUCGGCGUCGCCAUCCUGACGGUGUGCGGCGACGUGGCCUUCUUCUCCGUGGGGAUAGGGCCCAUAUGCUGGGUGGUGAGCUCGGAGAUCUUCCCGCUUCGGCUACGCUCGCAGGCCGCGGCGCUGGGGGCGGUGGCGAACAGGGUGACCAGCGGCGCGGUGGCCAUGUCGUUCCUGUCCGUCUGCCGCGCCAUCUCCGUCUCGGGCGCGUUCGCCGCCUUCGCGGCCAUUUCGGCCCUCUCGGUGCUCUUUGUGCACAGGUUUGUGCCGGAGACCAGCGGCAAGACGCUGGAGCAGAUCGAGUCUCUGUUCGGAGGCGGCGGCGAUGGGGACGAACUUCGGGAGCUGGAGCUCGGCGAUGUGGAGCAGUUGGUGCACAAGUGACGAGUAGCAUCACGCUAACAUACAUACACAGCAAAAUUUUGCCAAACAUUCUUUGUAGUGUCACACUUGUUUGACAGGUCCUACUGGUACUCGACAGUUUAGCUGCCUGGUUGAUGACAUGAUUGAUACACUUUUCCAACGGAAUGUAAAUUUGCAAAAGAGCUAUCAAACACAACAUCAGACAUUUUGCCAUUA